UUGCAUGGCUUCAGGAGUGGAUACGAAAGAAACCGGAGCUUGCAUGAAGGAUCACAUUGUUUCUCUGCACCGAUUCACGCCUGACGGCAUUUAUAUCAAUCUGAGACGGCGCGCGCUGUGAUCUAUCUCUGAUUCGGCUUCAGGAUGAUGAAGUUUAGGUUCAGACGGCAGGGAAACGACCCUCAUCGUGAGAAAAUCAAACAGGAUCUGUUUGCAUUCAAUAAGACAGUUGAACAUGGAUUCCCAAACCAGCCAAGUGCUUUGGCCUAUGAUCCCAAACUGCAGCUUAUGGCCAUUGGAACUAAAUCAGGGGCCAUCAAAAUAUAUGGGGCUCCUGGGGUGGAGAUGACUGGCCUUCAUAAAGACACCGCUGCCGUCACUCAGAUACACUUUCUCUAUGGACAGGGGAGGAUACUUUCUUUGCUGGAUGAUAACACCAUUCACCUAUGGGAGAUUGUGCAGAGAGAAAACCGAUCACAUUUGGUGGAGGUUCACAGCUUCAACCUGCCUGGCAGGCCAGGCAUCGAGAGCACCAGUGCGACACGUGUGACCGUCAUGCUGUUGAAGCUGAGCUGUGAACUUCUUGCUCUGGGCACUGAAGGUGGUGGGGUGCACUUCCUGAAACUGCCCACCCUCACCUUGAUGAACAAGUCACUGUUCCAGGAUGAGAUCAUGCAGAGCGUUCCAGAGGAGUACAAGUGUGGAAAAUCAUUGGGGCCCGUGGAGUCCCUGCAGGAACAUCCACAAGACUCUGAUAAAAUCCUCAUUGGUUACAGCAGAGGUCUGGUUGUACUCUGGGACCUCAACUGUCGGCAUGUAGACAACCUGUUCCUGGGAAAGCAGCAGCUGGAGAGUUUGGUCUGGGAACGGUCCGGAAACAGCUUUGUUAGUUCUCAUAGUGAUGGCGGAUACAUGGUGUGGGCUGUCAGCACCAGCAAUCCCUGCACUCAUGACCCCAUCUCAUCCUCCAUACCAUAUGGCCCCUUUCCCUGCAAAGCCGUGAACAAGAUCCUGUGGAGGACAACCGAAUCCGGAGCUCCUCUAGUGUUGUUUAGUGGCGGUAUGCCCAGAGCCAGCUAUGGAGACAGACACUGCUUGACCAUCCUCCAGGACAGCAGCCACGUCACCCUGGACUUCACCUCGCGUGUCAUAGACUUCUUCACCAUUCACUGCACAGACAAAGAGAAGGAAUUUGAUGACCCAUCAGCGCUUGUGGUUCUUCUGGAAGAGGAGCUGGUAGUGAUUGAUCUUCAGAUGGCUGGCUGGCCCACUGUCCCUGCUCCCUAUCUGGCUCCUCUGCACUCCUCCGCCGUCACCUGUUCAUGUCACAUCUCAAAUGUGCCGCCCAAACUGUGGGAGAGAGUGGUCAGUGCGGGCCAGCAGCAGUGUCCACUGCAGGACUAUGAGAAUUGGCCAAUAUGUGGAGGGAAAAACUUGGCAGCUGAUCCAAAGCAGAAAGAACUGCUGUUAACUGGUCAUGAGGAUGGUACAGUGCGUUUCUGGGAUGCGUCAGGAGUGUCGCUCAAACCGCUGUACAAACUGAGCACAGCCAACAUCUUUCAGACGGACUGCGACCACAACGACAGCCUGACGCAGGCCGGGGAGGAGGAAUGGCCUCCUUUCAGAAAGGUGGGCUGUUUUGACCCAUACAGUGAUGAUCCCAGACUAGCAAUCCAGAAGAUCAGCAUCUGUAAAUACAGCGGAAAACUGGUGGUGGCUGGAACUGCCGGACAAGUUAUAGUUCUGGUUCUUAGCGAUGAGAAGUCUGAUCACAUGAUUGAUGUGGCCACGGCGGACCUGCUCCAGGACCGAGAGGGUUUCACGUGGAAGGGUCAUGACCGGCUGCCUCCUAAGAGCGGCUCAGUAGUGUUUGCUCCUGGAUUCCAGCCGGUUGUCCUGGUGCAGUGCAUGCCCCCUGCGGCCGUUACUGCAGUAACCCUGCACGCAGAGUGGAACCUCAUCGCCUUUGGCACCAGUCAUGGCUUUGGCCUCUUUGAUUAUCAUCGGCGAAGUCUAGUGCUGGCGAGGUGCACUCUGCACCCCAAUGACUCUCUGGCUAUGGAGGGCCCGCUGUCUCGAGUGAAGUCUCUGAAGAAAUCCCUGCGCCAGUCCUUCAGAAGAAUCCGGAAGAGUAGAGUCUCGGGGAAGAAACGCGUUGUGGUUAAUAGUCCCACCAGUAAAGUGCAGGAGGCCAACGCUCAGUUGGCGGAGCAUGAUGCUGAGGUGACGCCAGUGCAGAGACGGAUUGAGCCCCGCUCUGCAGACGACUCGCUGUCUGGAGUGGUGCGCUGCCUCUGCUUUGCUGACACUUUCCUCAGAGAUGGAACGCAUCACGGACCUACAAUGUGGGCCGGCAUGAACUCUGGCUCCGUGUACGCAUACGCUCUGGACGUCCCCUCGCAGGAGAAGUUCUCUGAGCAGAGCGUGGAGGCGCUGCUGGGGAAGGAGAUCCAGCUCAUGCACAGAGCUCCAGUGGUGUCCAUCGCUGUGCUGGAUGGCCGAGGGAACCCUCUGCCGGAGCCGUAUGAAGUCUCCAGAGAUCUGGCCAAGGCCCCAGACAUGCAGGGCAGCCACUCUGUUCUCAUUGUUUCUGAGGAGCAGUUUAAGGUUUUCAUGCUGCCUAAAGUAAGCGCGAAGACCAAGUUCAAGUUGACCGCCCAUGAAGGCUGUCGAGUACGAAAGGUGGCGCUGUCGAACUUCACCAGCGUUAGCUCUGAAGAGUACUCUGAGAACGCUCUAAUGUGCCUUACCAAUCUGGGUGACAUCCACGUGUUCAGUGUGCCAGCACUGAGACCGCAAGUACACUACGACUGCAUCCGCAAAGAAGACAUCAGUGGCAUUGCUUCCUGCAUGUUCACCAAGACUGGACAAGGGUUCUACUUGAUUUCCCCUUCGGAGUACGAGCGCUUCUCUCUGUCAGCUCGUGUGAUCACAGAGCCGCUGUGCCGAGUGGAUGUGGAGCGACCUCACGAUCUCUCUGCUCACAGUUCCAGCACGCCGCUCCCAGCACAGGCUAAUGGAACACACAAGACUCAAGCGGAGAGCAAGGCUGCUGUAACUGAAGGGCUCUUGGAUGAAAUGCGGAGCGCCUUGUCCUCGCCCGUCCUGGAUUCUCCAAACAGCAGUGCUGACGUCACGCUGGACACCACUGGCGAGCUCACCGUUGAGGACGUCAAGGACUUCUUAAUGAGUGUGGAUGAAGCUGAGAAUAACUACAGGAACAUGACUGAAGAGGACGGGAGGCCUCCUGGAAUCCUCAUCAACUGAGGCGAGCCGGCAGACACUGCGCUGGAGGAGCAGUUAUUGGGUGAAGACUCAUCAGCUGAACUCGUUACUUCUGACUGGAUCUUGACAGAGCAGUUUGUGACUCCGAAAGUUGCACCAUACAUUGUUCAUGAUGUUUUAACAAUGGGAAUGUUGCAUUUUUUCCCCUGUGCCAAAAGACUGAAUGAUUCAUUCUGUUAUCUUCUUUUUUUUCUUCACCUUUCCUCCAGUUUUCUUCUUCUUUUUUACCUCUCUCUCCAUCAACCGUUGGUUCCUUUGGACUGAAGGCCACAAAAUUGUACAUUUGAGAGGUGACUUUUAAAGGGAACCGGCACUAAAACAGCCGAGUUGCUGUACAAUGUCUGUAUGCAGUCAGUGGGCUACUUGCACUGAGCCCAUGAAGUUUUUCUGCUUCGUUUGUCUUUUAACAUUCCUCUUUUGUCACGCCAUCUCUCCUCUCACUGUGUGCCAUUCAUAAGUUUAUGCUAAAUCAAAUCAAAAUUCCUACAUUUAGAUCACAUCGCUGCUACAGUUCAUGAAUCUCUAAGGGGAUUUUGGGGCAACCAACUGCACAACAGAAAAUAACUAUUCAAGCUUAAUUAUGAAAAAAAUAAGUGCCCUGCUCAUUUAUGAAGGUAUAUUCUUUCUGUAAGAAAAGUGUUUGCUUUUUUCCUCCUGACAGCCUUUUCAACUAUAUCUAUGAUACUGUGAUGGUUUCUGACCUCAAAUCAGUAGUCUAUUGAAAAGUUUAAGUUUAUGGACCCUGUGGGUUUGAUAGAGAUAUUUUCCUCUCAUUCAGUCGUCUUUAUUAUUGUUUUUAAAUAAUGUCCCUUAACCACUUGCCAUUGUAAGUAAUUCUGGCAGUGAACUGUGAAGUGUGUCAUUUGAAGGAACAUGGUAUGUAACCUUUGUGUAUUCGCCGCAGUAAUCCUAACCAGUUUUUGGCACAGUGUUAUUAACACGGUAUGAAGGAGCUAACGACUUUUUCUAUUUACACAGUAAUCUUUAGAAUAAUUUUAUAUGGCUUAUAAGGGUUCGUAUUUUGUAUUAGACAUUUCUAACAUUGCAUUUUGUGGAGAAAGUUUCAACAGUUGUAUAGUAUUACAAGAAAUGACUGUAUUAUAGGCAUAAAUGUAGCUAAUAGAGGGAAUAAGAGACAUUGAGGGAAUAGGAAACGUGUUGCACAGACAUUUGAAUGAGACACAACUGGCUCCUUGGGUCAGAUAAUGCAGAUGUUAGUCCGAUUGCUUUUAGAAGUGAAGUAUGAGUUUUAAAGUGAAAGGCUCUAUUUACAUUGUAAUUACAAAGAAAACUGCACAUAACAUUUGCAUAACAUAACUGCACAUUGCUUGGCAUUGACGCAUUGUCACAUUUUCUCCUUGCAUUUUCUGUUUUUUGGUUAUAUGUCAAAGGGACCUCACUAAUUGUAGUUGUUGAAUUUUUGUUUGUAUAUUUGCCUAGCAUAAUCUUUACUUUCCAUCCAGCACCUAUCCUGUGAACAUGUAUUUAAUUUGUAUUUUUCUUGUGUAGAAUUUUAUUUUGAGAUAUAGCAAUGCUAAUGAAAUCUUGAAUGUUAAUAAAGUAUUUACUCCACAUUU